AUGGCUGCGUCUGUGCCAUCGUUCCUGCUCAACUCUGGCGCUCGCAUCCCGUCUGUCGGCCUUGGCUGCUGGAUGGGCGCACCUGUCACAUCGGGCUCACCCAUCGACAAAGAGACCUACACAAUGGUUCGCAACGCCCUUGACGCCGGCUACACGCACUUUGACACCGCUUCAGGCUACGGAAGCGAGGAGGCGGUGGGAAAAGCGCUCCGGGACAGCGGGAUCGCACGGGAGGAGCUGUUCGUGACGACCAAGUUGGCUCUCGCCCGGAAGAGCGUGGUCGACGCAUUCGAGCAGUCGCUGAAGAAGCUGGAUGUCGGCUACAUUGACUUGUACCUGAUGCACUGGCCUUUCACUAUCGACGCCUCGACGGGCAAGACGAUCCCCUUCGGCCAGACGCCCACCUUUAGCGAAGUCUGGAGCGAGAUGGAAGAGUUGCUUGAGACGCACAAGGGGAAAGUCAGGAGUAUUGGCGUUUCCAACUUUUCAAUCAAGAACCUCGAGAUCUUGCUCAAGACGGCCAAGGUCGUCCCGGCUGUCAACCAGGUCGAGGGACAUCCGUACCUUCCGAGCUGCGAGCUCGACGAGUACUGCAAGAGCAAAGGCAUCCACAUGACCGCCUACUCGCCUCUGGGCGCCGGCGCGACCUCCCCCCUCCUCACAGACGACCUCGUCGUCUCCCUCGCUGCAAAGUACAAAUCGACGCCUGCGGCGGUCGUGCUCGCUUGGAACAUUGCGAGGGGAUGGAGUGUCGUUCCAAAGUCGAGUAACCCGACGAGGCUGAAGCAGAACAUCACCCUCCCGCCCCUCUCGACCUCCGACCUCUCCUCCCUCUCCUCGCUCCACAAGACCUCUCCCACGAAACACCGCUCGCUGUUUGUCUACCCGGGUUCAGGCGAGGAAGGGGACUUGUUUGGGUGGAGGGUGAAGGAGGAUUUGGGCUGGGAGUACGAGGUCAAGAGUGCGGUGCCCGAGUGGAUGAAGUGA